AUGGAUUUGCAAACCCUUUCCAACCUAUUCGCGACAACCUACAAUCCGGACCCCAAUGUUCGAAAGGCUGCUGAGCUUCAAAUUCGAAAAAUUGGAAAUGAAGAAGGAAUGAUUACUGCCCUUCUGCAAAUCAUUGCCUCCGAUAACACUGAUCUUGCUACCCGUCAAGCUUGUUCUGUAUGGGUUAAAAACCGGGUGUCGGCCACCUAUACCUUGGAUGAAGCCUACGUAGCCACGCGCUCAGACAGGGGACCCAUUGUUCAGUCGGACCGUAUUGCGUUAAAAGCCAACAUAUUACCUUUACUGUCCGCCUCGCCAUCGCGGAGCAUUAAUCUCCAGCUCGCGAGCGCACUCAAAAAUAUGGUCGCUCAUGACUUUCCAGAUAGGUGGCCUGGCUUGUUGGACGAAAUCAAGAGGUUAUUAGGAAGUGGAAACAUCAGAGAAGUGCAUGCUGGAUGUGUUGCUGCGUUGGAAGCUGUUAGAGCAUUCAGGUUCCGUCAGCAGUCAGAUGUGAUGCCAAAGGUCGUCUCCGAACUUUUUCCAACACUCGUCGCAAUCGCGACGAAUAUGCUGACAACACCGCCCACUCAAUCGCAAGAAAUACCUACGAUGCUUCAUCUUAUCCUCAAAACGUACAAAACAAGCAUCGUUAUCAAUCUCAGUACUCACCAGCAGAGCGCUGAAAGUCUCGUCCCCUGGGGGCAACUUCUUUUCAACGUUGUCAAUCUCGCUAUACCUAAGGAGGCCGUGCCUGAGGAUGAGGAAGAGAGGGAACAAAGCGAAUGGUGGAUAGCGAAAAAAUGGGCUUACGCAACUUUGGGGAGGUUGUUCCAUAGAUUCGGAAACCCAUCUCAGCUUCCAACUACUAUGCAAACAGAUUACGGCGCUUUUGCGCAACAUUUUGUGACCAUGUUCGCACCCGAAAUUCUCAACAUUUACCUCCGGCAAGUCGAGCUCUACGUAUCCGGCCAGAGCUGGUUAUCUAAAAAGUGUCAAUACCAUAUAUUUUCUUUCUUCACUGAAUGUGUGAAACCGAAAUCGACGUGGACCCUCCUCAAACCCCAUUUCGAGACCCUAGUUUCAACGUUUGCCUUCCCACAUCUCUGUUUCACGCCUACCAAACAAGCUCUUUGGGAAAACGACCCUGUAGAUUAUAUCAGGGUUUCUGUCGAUGAAUACGAGAGUUACGCUACGCCCGUCUCUGCGGCUACCACUUUCCUAUUCUCUCUUGCUGGUAACCGAACUAAAACUUCCUUUAUGCCGAUUCUAGGAUUCAUCAAUAACAUCCUACGAUCUAACUCUUCCCCUCAACAACGUUUCGGCGCGCUCAAUAUGACUGCCGCCUUGGGACCUUGGAUCAUGAAACAUCCUGAAGUGGCAACCAAUAUGGAACAAUUCAUCCAGCAGUUCGUUACUCCCGAAUUCGCUAGUCCAGAGCCCUAUUUGCGAGGCAUUGCUUGCGAAGUUGUUGGUACCGUUGCCAAACAUGGGAUGGAAUGGAUGAAUGAAGAGAACUUGAAUAGUAACUUCCGUGCUAUUGCAAGAGCACUUGAUGACCCCGAAUUCCCUGUCAAAGUCCACGCUGCUCUCUCAUUGACGGAACUGAUCGUUUCGCAAGAUACAGUACGCAACCAGGUUGCACCCCAAGUCGGAAAGGUCAUACAAGACCUUCUGAAGAUGUCUGACGAAACAGACCUCGAUAUUCUCAACCAUAGCAUGGAAGUGAUGGUAGAGCAAUUCCAGGAAGAACUCUUACCAGUUGCCGCGCAAUUGACUUCGAGAUUGUGUGAAUCAUAUCUCCGUCUUGCCCGCGAGAGCAACAAUCAAGAAACUCUCGAUUCGAAUCCGAAUGAUUUAGAAUCGAUCAUGGCUGAUGCUGACGAUGACAAGACGUAUGCCGCCAUGGGCGUUGCAAAAACCAUCUGGACGAUUGUCACAUCUGUGGACAGCUCCCCCGAAAUCUUGGCGCAAAUUCAAGAAAUCAUCAUUCCUAUCAUCGUGUAUACUUUGGAAGCUAAGCUACUUGAUCUCUUCGACAAUGUUUACGACCUGAUCGAUAGUUUAACGUUCAAGACGCGCUCUGUUUCUCCGAACAUGUGGCCUGUGUUCGAGCUCACGUACAAAUUGUUCAAGAAUGAUGCUGUUGAUUUCUUGGAAGAAAUGCUUCCCUCUCUCGACAACUUCAUCUCCUAUGGAGCGGAAACCAUCAAACAACGCACAGAUUAUAAGCAAAUGCUUCUUGACAUUUACACAACCUCGAUCACUAGCGAUCACUUAGGCGAGAACGAUAGAGUUAAUGGUUGCAAGCUUGCUGAAUCGAUGUUGCUCAAUCUCAGAGGCCAUAUUGACGAUUUCCUUCAACCCAUAAUCGCCACUACCUUCAAAGGCCUGGAAGGGGCUGAGACCUCUUCCCUCAAACUUGCGCUCCUCGAAGUAGCUAUCAACUGCGUAUUAUACAAUCCCUCCGCAGCUCUCACGCUCAUGGAAAACACACAACCUGGCUGUUCUCGUGUGUUUUUCGACAAGUGGUUUGCCGCUAUCAAUAAUGAAAAACAGCUUCCUCGCGUCCAUGACAAGAAACUGAGCAUUAUCACAUUAACUGCUUUGAUGGAAAUGGAGCCUGGGAUGGUCCCUGAGCCGCUGAGGGAGGGUUGGCCGGGUAUUGUUGCGGGUGCUCUCAAGCUUUUCAAAGCACUACCGAAAGCGGUAGCUGACCGGAAAGCGUUGGAGGAGGCAAUGCAGGAGGAAGAAGAUGACGAUGAUAUUGAGGAUGAAAAAAUCCUGAACAUGAACGGGGAUGACGAGGACGUUUGGGACGAAGACUCAGCGUACUUGGAAAUGCUCGCUAGUGAAGGCGCCCGUCUGCGCGCAAAGUCCGAGAAGUUGGCUUCCGGAGAAGACGCUGAUGAUGACAGCGACGAAGAAGAGAUUGAAGAAGAGCUAGGAUACAUCAGUCCACUUGACGAUGUCAACCCCUACACUGCCUUCAAGCAAUCUCUAACAGUCUUCCAGAUGCGAAACCCUGCAGGAUAUCAGGCAGCAACUACUGCCUUGAACGUCGACGAGCAAACUCUACUAAUGGAAAUCAUGCGGAUUGCAGAUCAACCUACACCCCUCGCCGCAAUAUAG